AUGUCCAGGCCAGAGGUAGUACUUGUAACAUGGCCACCACCUUUCUUCUCCUAAUUCUAGCCAUGGCCGCCAUUAUCUCUUGCCUCCAAUUAGAACUAGAUCAGGCACUACUGUUGCAAAUGGCUCAAACCCAGGUUCUGCAAUCUAAGAAUUUUUGGGUCCAGACCUCUCUCGGACGAGUACUGCAUGGGUCAAAAGUUGCCAAUUGGAAAAACCAUGUAAGGGGUGGGUCUUUUAAUGACUGUGCCAGGCUCUAUGAUGAGAGCGAGUCCCUGCUUUCUCGCUUGCUCCCUGAUCACGAUGAGAGCCAUUACACAGAAGAUGAUGCUCGCACUUGGCUAAGUGGCGUGCUGGCGAACCAUAGGAGUUGCUUGGAUGGAUUGGAUCAUCAUGAGAAGGCCGGUUUUAUUGAUCAGGCUGAUCAUCAUGAUCAUGUGGUGGCAAAAAAUCUUACCACUUUACUAAUUAAUCUUACCACUUUACUAAUUAGUGAAGCUCUUGCUAAAUUGUAUGUGAUCAGUCAAAGUAUAUGUACGGGUAGGACAGGUGGUAAGUGGCUAGAAACCCAAGUAGCCAAAAAUCUUCUCAAAAUGGGGGGCAUUUUAACAUUAUGGAAUACGUCAACUUCUAGUGCCAACUUCAUAGUGGCAAAGGUUGGUUCUGGCACUCACAGGACAAUCAAUGCAGCAGUUGUUGCACUUUCUAGAAUGGGUUGCAAGUGACCUGAAAGAGUAAUAAUCUACGUGAAAUUAGAGGUCUACAAUGAGAAAGUGGAGAUGAGAUGGAACAUGAAGAAUGUCAUGUUGGUUGGAGAUGGCAUCGACAAAACAAUUGUCACCGGUAACAGAAACGUCCUAGACGGCUGAAUUACUAUAUGGUUUAUGAUUAUAGGUGUAUCGGGGGAUGGUUUCUGGGUAAGUAAUAUCACAUUUGAGAACACAGCCGGACCCUACAAACUCCGAGCAGUGGCACUGAGGGUAAGCUCGGACCGCGCUGUAUUUUAUCGAUGCAGUUUCAGAGGCUACCAAGACACUCUUUGUGUGCACUCAUUAAGGCAAUUUUAUCGUGACUGCCACAUCUAUGGCACUAUUGAUUUCAUCUUUGGUGAUGCCACGGCGGUGUUCCAAAACUGUGACAUUUUUGUAAGGAGGCCAAUGCGCCACCAAGCCAACAUGGUAACAUCACAGGGUAGAGUUGAUUCAAAUGAGAAUACAGGGAUUGCCAUUCAAGGUUGUAGGGUUAGGUCAGCACGUGAUCUGAGUGCAGUAAAAAACAAUACAUUCAGAACUUUCUUGGGUAGGCCAUGGAAAAAGUAUUCAAGGACUGUGUUUAUGAAGACUGACCUAGAUGGUUCAAUUGAUCCAGAAGGGUGGACAGAAUGGAGACGAAAUUUUUCACUUUCUACGCUGUUUUUUGGGGAGUAUAUGAAUACAGGUAUUGGAGCAUCUACUCAAAGAAGGGUGAAAUGACCUGGUUUUCAUGUGCUUAAAGGUCCCCGGGAGGCUAGUCCUUUUGCAGCUAGUACAUUUAUCCAGCAGUCAUGGAUUCCAGUGACGGGAGUGCCAAUGUGGCUUGGAAUUUCAGGGGUUCUCUCCACCUAUAAUGUCACGUGA